AUGGGCACGCUGUUUUUGCGCGCAUACUACAUCGUCAACUUCAUCGAUGCGGUCCUCUUCGGAAUCGCGUUGGCUCUUUAUUACAGUGUGGCGAUGGCCGUCCACCAUCUUCAUCCACGGACUCGAUCCGACAAGUUCCUAUUUCUAUUUUCUACAGUCCUCAUCAUUUUGAGUACCAUGAUGUGGAUUCCCCAAACGUAUUUCGGGGAGAGGAUGUUCGUGGUUCAUGCAGACUAUCCUGGAGGCAUUCAAGUGUACUGGACUCUCAACCAGGGCGUGUGGUAUCAUAUCUUGGGCACGACCGCGUGCAUUAUGAGCAAUCUCAUGAGCGAUGCAUUACUGGCGUACCGCUGCUAUGUUGUGUGGAACGGCAUACGAGCGGUCAUCAUUCCUGCACUUCUGUGGAUUGUUUCUUUCGCCUCUGGUAUCGGGAUCCUGUACGGGUACGGGCGCCCAGGCGGGAGUUACUUUCAUGGCAUCGCACCAUCUUUUGUGAACACCUACACGGCUUCGACAUUCGCGUUCAACGUCAUCGUCACCGGCCUCAUCUGCUACCGCAUCGUGUCUGCAUGGCUUGCGUUGUGUCGCGCAGGGGUCAGCAACGAUGAAGACGCUCGGACGUACACUAGUGCGAUGGCCAUCAUCGUCGAAAGCGCACUCCCCUUCACCAUCGUCAGCUUCACCUACCUCGUCGCGUACGCGGUCGAUGCCGAAAUCGCGUACGUCUUCUCGUUUUAUAUCAUGUUCACAGUCAUCUCCCCGCUCAUGAUCGCCCACCGUGUCUUUCAACGGCGCGCGUGGACGCGCUCUUCGGGCUCACUCUGCUCCGCCUCAGUGGCCUGCCAACGGGGCGGGGCCUCGUCCGUCUUCCCUUCGGACCCCACCCAUUCAACCACUCUCUCGCGCCCCGCCGCGGCACAUCCGUACCCGUACGGGCACUCAUUCGAGAUUGUCGCGCUCGAAAAAAAGCCCGGCCGAGGUCGCUCGCCCACUCCCCGCGCAUUGCAACCGUCGCCAGCCGACGAGAACCGCACCACCGUCGUCUCCUUCGGGAGCAGUCGGCUUACUGAUACGGGGACAGAGACGGAGGGAGAGGGACAAAAGGUGGCAGAGUUCGAGAUAUCAUAG